AUGAUACUAUUGCUAGCUUCAUUAAAAGGUAUUAAUGCCAUAGCUAUAAAUCACAAACAUCAUAAUCAUAUAUCAUAUACUUUGAAUAUCAGAGAUAAUGCCAUGCCAACAAUGACAGAUUCAUCAUCAGAAACAUUCACUGCAUCAAUACCAACUAUUAAAAAUCCAUUUAUUCAUGAAUCAAAGUUACCUUUGAACCUUAUAUUUAUAAUAUUUGGAGCCAUUUUAUUUGCAAUUUUACUAGGUGUAAUAACUCAUAGAAUAAUCUUAUAUUAUAUAUAUAAUUUUAAAGCAAAGAAUGAAAAAGAAGUAUAUUUUGCAAAUUUUAAUAAUUUAUUUCAUUCAGAUAAUGAUUCUUCUAUUGUGUCAAGAUUUGAUGAAAAGGGAAGUAGCUAUAAUACAACUACACUGUCCACGUUAUCAUCACCAUCAACAAAUGUAACAUUAUUAUCUCAUGGUAAAAGUUACCGGAAUUCAAUAUUUGAAAGUAUUGAUAAAUUUGAAAAAGAAAAGGCUAAUCGAAAAUCUACAAUGUUUACUAAUCCAUCAUUAGAAUAUAAUAAAUUGAAUACUCCAUUGUAUAAUCAUGAAAAUUAUUCAGUAGGUUCUAGAUCAUUAUAUAAUCUAGAUUUAAAUUUGUCAUUUAUUGAUAAUUUAGAAUCUAAUGAUGAUGUGACAUUGAAAGAACAACCGAAAAGACCAAGGACUCCAAGUUUAGUACUUGAUGAUAUUUUAAACAAUAGUAUAGAGAAAGACACAUUAUAG